CAAGCCUCUUGGCCACGGAUCACGUGACGCAGGCGGAAGUUACGUCCGACUCACGCUGAAGCUUGUAUGGAAGGUACCAUUUGCUCUUUUUCCCUUUCCUUCUAGCGCCGGGUGCAUCAGACAGUGUCAGUGUGAAGCUCAGACAUGGCCGAAGGGGAGCCCCAAGUCCAGUUUAAGCUGGUGUUGGUUGGUGAUGGCGGUACUGGGAAGACCACCUUUGUGAAGAGACACUUGACAGGAGAGUUUGAAAAGAAAUAUGUUGCCACUCUGGGUGUGGAAGUACAUCCCCUGGUCUUUCACACAAAUAGAGGGGCUAUUAAGUUCAAUGUGUGGGACACAGCUGGGCAAGAAAAGUUUGGUGGACUUAGAGAUGGUUACUACAUACAAGCUCAGUGUGCGAUCAUCAUGUUUGAUGUGACCUCUCGGGUCACCUACAAGAAUGUGCCAAACUGGCAUCGUGAUCUGGUUCGUGUCUGUGAGAACAUUCCUAUUGUGCUGUGUGGCAACAAGGUGGACAUCAAGGACAGGAAGGUCAAAGCCAAGAGCAUCGUCUUUCACCGCAAGAAGAACCUGCAGUACUAUGACAUUUCUGCAAAGAGCAACUACAACUUUGAGAAGCCCUUUCUGUGGCUGGCGAGGAAGCUGAUAGGAGACCCCAACCUGGAGUUUGUUGCCAUGCCAGCCCUUGCUCCCCCAGAGGUUGCCAUGGAUCCUUCGCUUGCUGCGCAAUAUGAGCAUGACCUCAAAGUGGCAUCUGAAACAGCACUCCCAGAUGAAGACGAUGACCUCUAACCUGUGACCUUUCGAUCUUGCCAUGUAUUUGGCAAGGUCUGUAGGAUGCUGGUGUGUUUGGUUGACCCUUAACCUUUUACUGUAAAUCCCAUUGCAGAUUAUUUUAUUUUUAAACUGUUUUUUGUUUGCAUUUCGAAUUGAAAAUGUCAAUAUAGUCUCACUCACAGCAAAGUACAGACACACACACACAUACACACAAACAUACAUUUGAAAACACACAGUACGGAAUAGUCACUGUCAUACAGUUUAGACUUAUACAGUACUGAUAGAUGCAGAGGAAAAAAAUGGAAGCACUUUGAACAUAGCUUUGAAUAAAAAUUGUCUGUAUUUAAUUUUUCUUGUCGUCUUUAUAUCCAAUGAAUCCAUGUGAAAAGGGUGGGUUUACUUUGCAAAUUUAUUUUUUGGAAAUUUUGAUUGUGUGAUUGGUGGUCUGUUACCUAAAAAACGAGUGCUGAAGGAUGGUGCAUUUCUCCAUGUUCCACCUAUUUCUUUAGAGGCAUCCUGUGUACAAAAGAAUAAAGCAUUGUGGCCAAAAGA